UCGUGCAUGCGCAAUACCGGGCCGGGUUGGCAGGAAAGAUGGCGGCGGCGGCGGGAGGAGUCCGGGGUUGAGAGAGCGGCCCGGGGAACGGGGACAUGGCGAGAUUAGGAGAUUAUUUCCUGCUGGUUGGCUAUGACUUUAACAAGAGAGGCAGCAGCAUAGGACAGGGCAAGAUUCUGCAACGUUUCCCUGAAAAAGAUUGGGAAGAUAACCCUUUUCCCCAAGGCAUUGAACUUUUCUGUCAGCCCAGUGGAUGGCAGUUGUGUGCAGAGAAGAAUCCCCCGGCGUUCUUCAUUGCUGUUCUGACAGACAUCAACUCAGAACGACAUUACUGUAGUUGCUUCACCUUUUGGGAGGAGUGUCCGCAGAAUCUUAUUGACCAGCAUGAUGGUGAAGCUGAGGAUGAUGCCCCAUUGCCCUCUGCAGCACAGCUUUAUGCUCCAAAGACUCUGGUACUUGUGUCCCGCCUGGAUCAUCCAGAAGUCUUUAGGGACUCCUUAGGUCUGAUCUACACCAUUCACACCGAUGGCCUCAGUGUAUCCCUGGAGAAUGUUGUGGGAAAUCUACUAACUUGCACUGUCCCCGUUACAGGGGGCACCCAGUCUGACGUGGAGCAGGAUGGUAUGAGAACCAUAUCUCUGGGAGCAGGGGACCGCCAAGUGAUCCAAACCCCAAUAUGUGACUCUAUUCCAAUCAGCAACUGUAGUGUAGCCCUGUUAUUUCGACAGCUUGGGAUCACCAAUGUAUUGUGCCUGUUCUGUGCAGCGCUCACUGAGCACAAGAUCUUGUUUCUAUCUCGGAGUUACCAGCGUUUGACUGAAGCCUGCAGAGGUCUCAUGGCUAUAAUGUUUCCCCUCAGAUACAGUUUCACAUAUGUGCCCAUUCUCCCUGCUCAGCUUUUGGAAGUUCUCAGCACACCAACGCCAUUCAUCAUUGGUGUAAAUGCCCUCUUUCGGUCAGAGACCCAGGAUCUGCUUGAUGUAAUAAUUGCAGAUUUAGAUGGUGGCACAAUAACUAUCCCGGAAUGUGUACAGAUUCCACUACUGCCUGAACCGUUGGUCCAUCACACGCAAGAGGCCUUGUCACUGGUUCUUGACCCUGCUUUACAAAUUGCUGACUUGGCAUUUCCUCCAUCUUCUAUAACAGCUUCAACUCUUCGAAUGCAGGAUAUGGAAGUACGUGCCGUGUUCCUUCGUCUUUUUGCUCAGAUCUUGCAAGGAUACCGUUGUUGUCUUCAGAUCAUAAGAGUUCACCCAGAGCCUGUCAUACGGUUUCAUAAGGCAUCUUUUUUGGGUCAGCGUGGAUUGGUGGAAGAUGAUUUUCUAACCAAGGUUCUAGAAGGCAUGGCGUUUGCUGGAUUAGUGACAGAGAGAGGUCCACCAUACAGAUCUUUGGAUUUAUUUGAUGAGCUGGUUGCUUAUGAUGUGCACAAAUUAAAGUACGAGGAGGGAAGGCAGAAAAACCUAAUGAAGCAUGUGCAAGAACUAGCUGAGAAGCUCUACAGGAAUGAGAACCCAUACCCUGCUGUUAGUAUGCACAAAGUUCAACGGCCAACAGAAGGAAGUUACUUGCGAUCUCAAAAUAAGACCUUCCCUCUGCUGGAUGAAAGUAGUAUCCAGUGGAUCUUGGAUCAGGCUGCUGCCAAAAUGCAAAAUGCACCUCCUGCUGUUAAGUCGGAGAAGAAAUGCAUGGUGCCACCUGGACCACCUAUUGCAGCAAUUGUGGAGCGGAACGGCAGUGCUGUAGCAAACAGCAACAGACGGCUAGAAGUCGUGAGGAACUGUAUUUCUUAUAUCUUUGAAAAUAAAAUGCUGGAGGCAAAGAAGCUUCAGCCUGCUGUUCUUCGGGCACUGAAAGGGAGAGCAGCUCGGCAUUGUCUAACACAGGAGCUCAACCUGCACGUGCAGCAGAAUCGGGCCGUGUUGGAUCACCAGCAGUUUGACUUUGUUGUUCGUCUAAUGAACUGCUGCCUACAGGAUUGCACAUCACUGGAUGAACAUUCUAUAGCUGCAGCCCUUUUACCUUUGGUGACUGCAUUCUGCAGGAAAUUAAGUCCUGGCAUCACACAGUUUGCUUACAGCUGUGUACAAGAGCAUCUAGUUUGGACCAACAUGCAGUUCUGGGAAGCCAUGUUUUAUGAAGAUGUUCAAAACCACAUCAGGGCUUUGUAUGUAAAUUCUGAAGAAGCUGCUUCUAACCCGGAUGAAAUCGAAGUAGAAGAGAGAUCGGCCCUGGAAUUGGCAGCUGAGCAAUGUCGUCUAUGGCCUACACUUCCGCGUGAAAAACAGUUAGAACUUAUCCAGAAAGAGGAGAGCACCGUAUUUAGCCAGGCUAUCCACUAUGCCAAUCGUAUGAGCUACCUUCUUUUGCCAUUGGACACCUCUAAAAACCGCCUUCUGCGAGGGGGAGCUGGAUUAGGAGAUACAGAAAGCGUGACUAACAGCUUCAUCACCAACAGCAUGGCGGGCAGCGUAGCAGAAAGUGCAGAUACGGAAAGCGGUUUUGAAGAUUCUGAAGUCUCGGAUGUAGCUCAUUGUGUUGUCCGAUUUAUCACCCGUUUUGUGGACAAAGUGUGUACAGAGAGUGGGGUUACAUCGGAUCACCUCAAAGGCCUGCACACAAUGAUCCCAGACAUUGUUCAGAUGCAUAUAGAGACUUUGGAUGCUGUUCACAGAGAAAGUAAGAGGCUGCCUCCAAUCCAGAAGCCAAAAUUAUUGCGACCCACGUUGUUAGUAGGGGAGGAUUUGGUAAUGGAAGGGCUUCGAGUAUAUCUUCUACCAGAUGGACGAGAGGAAGCUUCAGGUGGUAGUCUUGGAGGUCCACCCCUACUUCCUGCUGAAGGGGCGCUUUUCCUCACCACUUAUCGAUGCAUCUUCAAGGGCACUCCAGUAGACCCAUUAGUGGCUGAACAAGCUGUAAUGCGGUCCUUCCCCAUUGCAUCUCUGACGAAGGAGAAGAAAAUCAGUGUUCCAGCUCAUCUAGACCAGUAUGUUCAAGAAGGACUUCAACUGCGCUCUUGUACUUUCCAGCUUUUGAGGGUGGCAUUUGAUGAGGAAGUCCCUUCUGAGAUCUCUGAAGGUUUCCGCAAGCAGCUGCACAAGCUGAGGUACCCUCAAGAUGUGCUUGGGACUUUUCCUUUCAGCGUUGGUCUCUCCCUACCACAUACUACUCAGCCAAGAACCAAGGACAAGAAUCCCUCCAUCAAGACCAUCUCUAAGAAUCUUGUGAAGAAUGCCAAGAAGACAAUAGGCCGGCAAUAUGUUACACGCAGGAAGUAUAGCCCCCCAUCCUGGGAUCUCCGAGGGAGCCACAGUUCACUGGAACAGCAGGGAGAUGAUAUUUCAGUGUCUGAAGAUUUGGACAGAAGCACAUUAACCAUCUCUACCUUAAAGGCCUCUGACAAGCAGACAGGAGGCAAUAUGGCAGAACGAGCAUGUUGCCGUGACUACCAAAGAAUGGGACUUGGUACUUUGAGUAAUAGCCUGACCCGUGCUAAAAAUGAACCUUUCCGGAUCUCAACAGUGAACCGCAUGUAUGCUGUUUGUAACAGCUAUCCAGGGUUGCUGAUUGUUCCUCAGAGCAUUCAGGACAACACUUUACAGAAGAUCUCUCGCUGCUAUAGACAAAAUCGGUUUCCUGUAGUGUGUUGGCGCAGCCCACGUACCAAAGCUGUUUUGUUGCGGUCAGGUGGACUUCAUGGCAAAGGUGUGGUUGGACUCUUUAAAUCUCCUAACACAGCUGGCACAGGACCAUCACAGACAGAUUCCACAUCGCUGGAGCAGGAAAAAUACCUCCAGGCGGUCGUGAACUCGAUGCCUCGUUACGCAGAAAUGAGUGGGAGAAACACACUCAGUGCUUUUCCUUCUGCUCAUCUCUAUGAUUCUCCAGACAAACGUCAACCCAAGUUGGGUUCAUUGAUGAAGCAGGUGAUGGGAGGGAAGGAUGACAUUCGAGGAGGUCAUUCAACUCGGGGUAUUAAGCACCCCGCAGUGAGACGAGGCUAUGCUGAACAAGGCAAAUGGGGAAGCAUGCGUGGCAGUGGAAGACUUAGCGCCUAUGGCAUGAACUCAGAUGUAGGAACUAGACUUGCAGCUAGAGAACUUCUAACUCCUCAUCAAAAUGGAGGCCCCUCAGAAAGUGCGCUGACCCCCCGCAGAGCUGCUCUGUACAUCAUUGGUGACAAGUCACAGCUGAAAGGGGUGAAGCAGGACCCAUUGCAGCAGUGGGAGCUAGUCCCUAUUGAACUGUUUGACGUCAGACAAGUUAAAGCUAGUUUCAAAAAACUGAUGAAGGCCUGUGUGCCCAGUGCUCCCUCCACAGACCCCAACUUGUCAUACCUGCGCACCCUUGAGGAAUCUGAGUGGCUUCUACAGCUACACAAGCUACUGCAAGUCUCUGCGCUGGUUGUAGAGCUGUUGGACAGCGGUUCAUCUGUCCUGGUUGGACUUGAGGAUGGAUGGGAUCUUACCACACAGGUGGUGUCUCUGGUUCAGCUCUUGUCUGACCCGUAUUAUCGAACUAUUGAGGGAUUUCGUCUACUCAUCGAAAAGGAAUGGCUCUCGUUUGGUCACAGGUUUAGCCAUCGUGGUGCACAUACAGCCGCCAGCCAGAGUAAUGGUAUUACUCCUAUUUUCCUACAAUUUUUGGACUGUGUGCAUCAGAUCCAUCUGCAGUUCCCAUCUGAGUUUGAAUUCAGCCAGUAUUACCUGAAGUUUGUGGCUUAUCACUAUGUGUCGAACCGGUUCCGCACCUUCUUACUGGACUCGGAUUAUGAGAGGAUUGAGAAAGGGGUCCUGUAUGAGGAAAAGGGAGAUCGACGUAGCCCUCAGAUCUGCCGCUCUGUAUGGGAGUAUAUGGAGCGGAUACAUAAGAAGAAUCCAAUGUUCUACAACUACAUGUUUUGCCCUGAGGAUGGAGAGGUGCUGCGCCCAUACAGUUCAGUAUGGGGUCUUCGUGUGUGGGAUUAUUACACCCAUGAAGCUCUGAGUGAAGGUCCUUCUUAUGACUGGGAGCUUGUUCAGGCACACCGGCAUGAGGAACCUGAGAAAAAUGACAGCUCUGCCCCCCAGACAAAACGGAAGAUUGUUUGGCCAUCCUAUCAUGCACCACAGCGGAUACAGCCAGAUGCCCUCACCUGCUUGUUAGAGGAAUUACAAAAUCUAGAGAUGGAUUUGCGACCUGUUCCUGAAAGAUGGAAGGAAUCAUGGGAUAAAGUAAAAGCUGUCCACAGGACAGAGGUCCGCCAUGAGAGCCGGAAAUCCAGUGCUUUGCUGAUGUCAUCAAGUGUAUCCUCGCAGCGGCAAUCAUUGGGCAUUUACCUGCAGGAGAGUGGUGUAGGGUCUACACUAAAUUUGAGCCUGGAGAGUGGUCCUAGCACAACAAGCACUCCUACUGGUGCCGGGAAACUUGGAGCACGAAACAGCACUAGUACCUUGUAUAAUCAGUUCAACACUGCAGAAAGAGAAAACCGAUCAUACGAGGGAAUUUUGUUUAAGAAAGGCGCAUUUAUGAAACCCUGGAAACCUCGCUGGUUUGUGUUGGACAAGACUAAGCAUCAGUUAAGGUAUUAUGAGAGCCGUACUGACACUGAAUGUAAAGGGGUGAUUGACCUGGCAGAGGUAGAGUCCAUAUCUGCUGGUACACCAACAAUGGGUGCUCCCAAGAAUGUGGAUGAAAGAGCAUUUUUUGAUCUGAAGACAACGCGCCGAGUAUAUAACUUCUGUGCCCAAGACACUUCACAGGCUCAGCAGUGGAUUGACCGAAUCCAGAGCUGCCUGUCUGACGCAUGAAACUUCAGGGAUAGCGUUAAAAAAAACUGCACCACUGAACAAACUGUAACAUGGGGGUACCACAUGGCAGCCUACAGCUAAAUCCUGUUAAACCCACAACAAGCUGUUUCUUUCCAGACUUUUCUGGAAGCUAAAGCACCUUAGCUUUUUGUUCUUCUUUGAUUAGUAAUGCUCGUUGAUUAUGCAGUUAUGGUCUGUGAACCCUACUACAUGCUGCCUACUGGGAACCAAUGAAAAUGAGAACAACUAGUUGUGGACCUUCAGAAGCUGCGCUGAACAUAUACAAUUUUAUGAUCUGGCGUUUUUGAGCGAAGCUGUGGACUCGGCCUCAUGAGUUGCAGGCAGGUUUUUACGUGGCUGGGUGGCUUCAUGUCAUUCAUGAAGCUCUGCUAAACUGAUCUCUGGGAAGGUUUUGCACCUGUUUGGUAUUUUAAAUGCUUACUUGUGAGUUGUCAUUCAGUUGAAUUGUCAUAUUUUAAAUUAUUUUAUAAAGGUGAGGAGCUUGGCAAUGGGACCUAUGAGUCCUAGAAAGAUGUGAAUGCGGAAAGUAACCAGAUCCAACAGUAAGAGUUGAAGCAGUGAGAUUACAUAAUGAAAACUUCAACAUGGUUCACAUUAAACAUGAAUGUCCUGUUUUACAAACAUCACAGCCAUUUUAUCAUACGCUUCAGCUGUAAGUGGGCUCCACAAUGGUGUAUGUCCAGACUACGGGCUCUGGCUAAAGAAUUUAGAAGAGCAGGUUAAAACCACUAAGGAUUCUACUACUACUUCAGUGUCAUAGGAUUUUGCUUGUUUAACACUCCAAUGUAUAUACUGUAGUGAGAAGGGAGAAGACCCUUGUAAAAAACAAUGUUCCUGAGUAAUAUAAAUUUACACAGUCCGAAACGUUUGACAAUGAGCCACAAGGAAUUCUGGACCACACAAGAAAUAAGGAACCAAUUGGCUUCAGCAGCUGGUUGGUCUGUGUGCACUUUGGAGGAGAGGAGCGCACCUUGUGCUCAUAGUCUGUACCAUUUGGAGUAACAGGAGAAUUUGUUAAAAUUUGCUAACGGUAUUUUAACUGUGAUUAUUGUACGCCACUUAAUUAUUAUUAUUGUAUAUUAUUGUAUAUAGAAGAAUGUCCACAACAACAAGAGACUUCGGAGAUAUGUGAUAACUUGAGGAAGUGGUGAUUUAUUUUUAACCCUUCCACUGCAGAACAGCAUUUGUUAAGGUGGUGGCUGGAAUGCAUUUUCUUUAUUGUGCAGCACGGUCACCUCUGCCUCACCCAUUAUAGUCAGAGCCGCACAUUAGAUGGGACUGAAUUCAUAUUAAAAAUCUUAUUUACACAUUGUUUAUAUACUUAGCACCAAAUGCCCAGUUCCAAUUAUCAUAAGCCAGAGCUUAUGGGAGACUGAAUGUCAGCAAUGAUGUAUGGAUAUGUGGGACUCAUUCCUCCAUUUUACACACUGUCUUACGGAGUUGGUUGCUGUUUAUCUGUGUACCGUUAUGGCCACAUUAAAGCACAUGUCCAUAGAAACUCUACAAUAAGAAUGUCCUGAACAUGAAGCUGAUGUUUGCCAAUGCUGCUAUUUGUACAUCCCUAUAUAAAUGUCUCCAUUAUUUUGUUAGCAAUAUUCAUCCCAUAGAAAUCUGAGCCGGAUUUUCACAAGAAAGGUAUGGUCAUGUUUUGGGACACAUACCCUGCAUGGCGGUAUGCUUACUUUGAAACUGAAUUUGGAGAUGACAGAAUCCCUUUAAUAUAUUCCACUAAUCCCCCUCUUCUGGUUGUAUAGUUCAAAGGACAACCUAUUGCUUGAUACAUGUUGUGCGGCUUUUAAAAUAAUUUUUAUUAGACCUGAUCACUGUAGAUUGACUUUACAUACUUUAACUAUGGAGCCAUAAAGCCAGUUCUGUCUGUGCUCCAGUUUAUAGUGAUUUCACCAUGAAUAUGUUAGUGCACAAAUGAUUGCUAUGGGAUGGCUGUGACCGUCUCUCAGUUGAUUUUCCAUGUCUUUGAACAGUUUUUCACUCAAAGUACUAUUCAGGUUUGGAUUAUGGUUCCCUAACCUGCUGUUUUUGGCUGGUCCUCCCCUGACAGAUUAUGCUGAUUGAGAGAAUAAUCACUUUUGUUAUCUGAGGAAAUGUCGCAGCUAGGGGCAUCUCUCUUGGCCAAACCGUAUGUAUGUGUCAAUGGGGUGGGGUCCAGGAGGAUAGGCGUCAGCUGGCAGCUUUUGAAGGUGUGUGGGCCCCUUUAGUACUGUACAUCUGUGUCUUAAGCCAAUUUUGACCAGUGAACUAUUUUUCUAGAUGACUUUUCUGCUCCAGCAAUAAUGGUCAUCUCCGUGCAAUGUAAAUACCUAUGCCUAUUAAGUUUAGGGCUUGAAUAUCAUUAAGCUGUCUAGAAGAUGUAUGAAAAAUAGUGUGAUAAAUGCCAAUUCCCUAAGUUUCUAUACAAUGCCCCUUAGCUGUCUUUAUGUCUUAGUCCCUCUCACCUAAAAAGGUUCCAUCACUGAAUAGUAUUACAUGAGUAGUUUUGUUACAGAUCAAGCAGCAUGUGCCAGUAUUAUCUCUAAAAUUACUUCCAUGACACUUAAGAGAACUUCCUUAAGCCUGUUUUUGCAGUGAAAGGGUUAAUGGUCAUCACAUUCCUUCAUGUCUCUGAGUAAAAGAAGCUUAAACUGCUCAGUAACCGUGGCCAUUUUAAUUGAUGAAUGCUUUGUACAUAAUACAAUUCUCAGGCUGAACUUCCCUGUUUUUGUAGAAUACAUCAGUUCUUGUACAUUGUGUCAAACAUACAGUUCUUGGGUUGUGCCUAGAUAUAUGGAAACAGGAAUAUAUCCAGACAAAUAAAUGAAACUAACAACUGUUUAAAA